AUGAACACUCCACCACCCAAGAAGAGCAGGAUCAUCCGCCCUUUAACGAGGGAACAGUCAAUACACGAAACAGCAAUCUUCCUUGCGGGCACAACAAGCAAGAGAGACUGGCGCAAGGGUCUCGCCGACUCACUGUCCCAUCUGCCGGUGGUCAUAUUCGACCCCUUCCGACCGGACUGGGACAGCACCUGGAAGGAAGACAUCUCGGACGAGAGGUUCAACAGUCAAGUCAAGUGGGAGCUGGACAUGCAGGAGAGGGCCGACAUCAUUGUGGUCUAUUUUGAACCAGAGACAGAAGGCCACAUUAGCUUGCUCGAGUUGGGCCUCUGUGCUCACUCGGGGAGCAAGGUCAUCGUCGCUUGUUCUGAAGGAUACAAGAAGAGGGGCAAUGUUCAAGUCGUCUGUUCGAGAUACGAGAUUCUGCUUGUUGAAAGCUACGAGGCUCUGUGUAAAGAGCUUAUACAAGGACUGGCGCGAAUCGGUGUGAAGGCUUGA